AUGUUCGAUGAGCUCGACGCAUUCCAUGGCAGGGUGGAGGAAGCGGUUGCUCGCGAGGCUGUUGCUGUGGAGAAGCUCAAGGCUGCAAAACUCGCAAAAGCUGAGGCUGCAGCCGAGACCCACAAGGCGUCUGCUGGCCGCGGUGAAAUCGAGAAGACGGUCAAGAUUCUUGAGCUGCACAUGGAGGGCAAUCAGAAGUUGCAAGAGCUCCAGCAAGCGAAGAAGAACGCGGUCGAGGCAGCCGAGGCAGCGAAGAAGGCUGCUGAGGAGGCGAAGAAGAAAGAGAAGGAGCUCAUGGAGGCUUCAAAAGUGGCACUUCAGGAGCAAAAAGAAAAGGCCGUGGAGACAUUGAGGGAGAUGAAGACCAGUCAGACGUCAGAGCAGAAAGAGGAGCUCAAGGAGAAGAAGGCUCACGAAAAGCAGGAGAAGAAGGCCUUGAUGUCCGAGCUGGCCCAGAUCGAGAAGAUGCGUGCUGGCCGUGAGAAGGAUCGCCAGCAGAGGCUGAAGCAGGCGCAGGGGAAGAACAAGGGCAAGCGAUCAGCAGCCGAAGCCGGCCUUCCCACCAAGGAGCCUGAGAUUCGUGACCUGGAUUGA